GCGGCGCUCGCAGUGGCCGGAGCAGGCAGGACACGGAGCGGAAGAGGCGCAUAUCCGAGGCGCUUGUACAUGGCGCUGAUGUGAUGCCUGCAGAGUUUGGCUGGAUCCUCAACACUCUCACGCUGACGGCAUGUGCUACUUUUGAAGUCAGAAGACCAAAGUUUCGUCACAAUGGCAGAUACAGGUCAAGCCCAGGAUGAACUGAUUUCAAUGCACCAUGCAGCAGAGAUGAUGACGAUGGGAGAGGUAUGGGACGCUCAGGAGGCGCUGAGUCCACUACAAGAGACGCAGUAUACCCAGGAAGAGCUCUGUUCAGUGCAAGAGGAAGAGAAUACUAAAAGGGAGCAAGGUUCAACACAUGACAUGGAAGAUUCUCAAGAUUCCGAAGCACAGGUUGAGCAGGAGUUGGCUGCAAUGGGAGAGGCAGAAAAAACUCAGGAGCUAUUUCAACAGACAGAGACAAAUGAACCUUGUAUGAAAGAAAUCAAAACGGAGGAAAUUUCUAGACCGGACAUGACUGUUGAGCCAAUCCUUAUUAUCCGGUCUUCUCCUCCGAACUUCCUCCCAGCCCCGGGACAGCCUUGUAUGCCCUGGGAUAGGUGGCUCCGGUCUUUUGAAAAUUACACUGAACAAUUAGGAGAGAGCAAGCUGACAGACUCUACUAAAUUAGUCCUCCUCAAAAACUGUUUGGGGCAAGAGGGUCAGCGCAUCCUCACAACCUUACUGUCAGGCAAAAUGACGUACGCAGAUGCCAUUUUAGCUCUUAGUGUUUACUUUUCCCCUAACCAAACGUCACAGGAGCACAUGCUCGACUUUAACCAGAGGGCUCAGAUGUCCGGGGAGACCGCCGGACAAUUCAUCUGCGCUUUAGAUCAGCUGUUGAAACCGUCCAAUUACCAAGAACUGUACGAACAACUUCUAAUUAAACAGCUGGUAGAGAAGACCAACAACCCUCGGCUCAGGCAGAGACUACUUUCCGAACCAGCUCCUUUCACUUUAGCCAGGGCUUUGCAGAUUAGUGCUGAGGUAGAGUCGUCAACUGUAUCUGAAGUGAAUGUGUACAUAGACGAAGCAGAACCCCCUGUUAAAAGAAAGCGAGGGCGACCUAGGAAGGACGAGGUUAGGAAUAAACCGUCAGCGAAAGUGAACGAGCCGGCUAAAGCUAAACCAGCUGCUAAAAUAUCACUCCCUGCUAAAAGAAAUUACAAACGAAAUUCCAUCUCGAGAAGCGCGGCUGACUUUUAUUAUGAUGGCGAUGAGCAAUAUUAUAGUGACAGCGCUGGCAAUGAUGUUUCAGAAAAUAGUUGCAACUCAAGCCUACCGUCCACCCUGGCUAAUUUUAAAGAAAUCAAAAUGGAAGCUAGCGAUGAAGAGGAAGAAAUUGCAGACUCACGCAAAAGUCAGGCUAAAGGUCCCUCCUGCCCGAUCUGCGUCGACAGGCAUUUUCGUGGUAUCAACAAGUUAGUGCGGCACAUGCGGAGCCACACCCAGCAGAAGCCCUACUGCUGCCCCGUGUGCUCAGUCACUUUUAGCCAAACCUACCACCUGCUCCGGCAUAUGAGGAGGCAGCACGACGCGGGAGAGCACGUGUGUUCGCUUUGCGGCGUGACCCUCGGCAGCGCCACAGAGUUACAAGAGCACAAAAAAAGCCAUCCAGCUGAACCCGUGCCGUGCCCACUCUGCCAGGAGGUCUGCCCGAGCCCGAGCGCGUUCGCUGCACAUGUCAAGGCCCACUGUAAAUCGCCGCCAAACCAGGAAGAGUUGGAGCAGUUGCCUAAAGAGAAAAGGAGGUAUAGAAGGAAGCUAGAUGCAAAGCAACCAAAAUCUAAUGCUACAAAUUUGGCAGUUGAAAACAUUGAUAUGAAUGUUAUUGUAAGUCAGGAUAAUGGCAUUUCUCAAGAUGCAGGCCCUCCAGACCUUUUAGAUUAUUUUAACCAUGAGGAUAAUGAGCCUGGUCAUGACAAACUGACUGAAAAACUCUUAUCAGAACUUAGGACAGAGGACAGUGAUGAUGACAAUGAAGAACUUAUUCAAACUGAUCUAAAAAAUCCUCAUUGUCCACUUUGCCUCCAUUCUUUCCCUAGUUUAAACAAACUCCUCCGGCACAUGCAGACGCACACUAAGGAGAAGCCCUUCACGUGCUCCUUGUGUACUAUGUCCUUUAGCCAAGGCUACCACAUGACCAGGCACAUGAAGGUGCAGCAUGGGGCCGGCAUGUUUGUGUGUCCCAGAUGUGGUGAGGAUCUGGCCAGUGCAGAGGAAUUACAAAAGCACAAACGUAUGCACCCUCCUGACCCUGUAGUGUGUCCUUACUGUAACAAGAUAAGUCCAAAUUAUCACAAGUUUUUAGGACAUUUUAGACGUCAUUGCCUGUGGAGUGAGACUGAGGAACAGGCAAGAAUAAUGGGCAAACCUCUGAGUGACGACAGUGGUGGUGACAGUGAAGAGAACCCUAUGGGUAAAUGGGAGUUGGUAGGUCAGAAUGUUGCUAUGGACAGUGGAGAUAACCCGGAAGCUCUUUUGGUUCAAACUCAAAAGAUUGUUGCACCUACUGUCCUGAAAAGAAAGCGAGGAAGACCAAGACGUGUGACUAGCAGCACAGCAGAGAUAGUUACUCCUCAAAGUGAAUCAAACUGUAACGCCGAAGUGUCUUUAAGCACAGAUUUAGGUGAGACUAAUGAGGGUGUGAGUCAAACACAGGGGCAAAGUAAUGUAGAGAUGCAGGAGGAAGGUGCAUCAGGCAGUGACUAUUGUCCUGGGAGUGAUGAAGAGAAUGAUAGUGAGGAGCUCUCAGAUGGCAAGAAAUCCAAAUCAAAAGCUAACAAUGAAACAGACAAAGUGCCCAAACCUGUUCCAAAAAGACAUCGCUGUCCUCAUUGUAAGGACAGGUGGUUCAGGGGGCCAAACAAACUGGCCCGACACAUGAGAGUGCACACUAAGGAGAAGCCUUUCAAAUGCCCCAUCUGUGACAAGGCCUUCAGCCAGUCUUACCACAUGAAGCGUCACCAUCGGGUCCAGCACAGCCAAGGCAGGUACACCUGCACUGUUUGUGGACAGAACCUCUCCAACUGGAUAGAGUUUAAAAAUCAUAAAAGCCUGCAUGAACCAGGGGUUGUGUGUUGUCCUUUUUGUGACAAACAGUUCAAGCACAAAUCCUUAUAUUUGAGCCACAUUAAGGUCCAUAGGAAUGAUGCAAAAAGAAUUCCCGGUGUUCAAAAGAGCUUUGCCUGCUCUGACUGUGGCAGUGUCUUCAAGCGGAAGAAUCAUUUAAAAAGACACAUUUUACGCCACCGCAAAGAAACAAAUGGGGAGUUUUACACAUGCAGCACAUGUGAGCAGACCUUUGCCUUCCCAGAAGAUCUGACAAGGCAUAUGAAGAAACAUGAAAAGGAAAGAAAUGGUAUUUGUCCCAUGUGCUCAGAAACCUUUAGCAGUCCUGAAGAACUUCAGGCACAUAAAGAAGAGGUCCAUAAUAGGACAUAUCCAUGUUCGGUAUGUGGAAAGAAGUUCAAGCUUGAGCAUGCUCUUAAGAAGCAUGAGGAAGGUCAUGUAAGUGGAAAGUAUUAUUGUGUCCGAUGCUCCAAGUUUUUUCAAAAACAGUCUCAUUACAAGAGGCAUAUGCAGGUGCACAGGAAAAGAGAGUGCAUGUGUCCACAUUGUCACACUGUAUUCAUAAAACUGAAUGCUUUUAAGCUCCACCUGCGCUCUCACAUACUGGAAAGGCCCUAUCAGUGUGUCUGCUGCCCGGAGAGCUUUGAGCAUAAAGAAGAAUUUGACUACCACUGUCUUAGACAUAAGAAACUGAGGAAGGAGCGGCCUUACUCGUGCACUCGCUGUGACUGGGCUUUUGCUACACUGGCAGAGCUGGCAGAACACAUGAACGCUCACGAAGGGGAGCAGCCAACCAACUGCCCUGUCUGUGGAAGGAGUUUCCUGAACAAAAACAAACUAGAGAAGCACAUGAGUCUACACACUGGAGUGAGGCCUCACCUGUGCUCCAUCUGUGGGAAUGGCUUUGCCAACGCUGCCAGCCUCAAGCUCCAUGUCAACAUCCACACUGGCUUCAAGCCUUUCCAGUGCGACCAGUGCCCAAAGAGCUUCAGCACGAGCAGCAGUCUGAAGCUGCACAGCCGCCAGCACAUGGCCGUCCGGCCCAAGUUUGAGUGUCCUGAUUGUGGACGCACUUACGGCCGCAAGACAGAACUGAAGAUGCACCAGCGAUAUCACACGGGGGACAAACCUCAUGUCUGUAGCUGCUGCAACAAGCGCUUUAUCAGCAGAGACAAACUGAACGUGCACAUGCGCAUCCACACUGGAGAGCGGCCAUACUCCUGCCCACACUGUGGACAGACCUUCUCUCAGACUGGGGACAGAAACAGACACAUGAAGAAAUUCCAUUAGCACUACAAGAGCUGCUCAGACCGCUCAUGGACAUUUCAGCGACAGGGAGACAAUCAUUGGGAACACUGAAGGGAGCUGUACCAGAGCCACCUGUGCUACCAGCUGAAAUGAACUAUGGCAAUGUAUUUUGUCUUUUCUGUAAGAGUGUAUGGUAGAGUUAUGAAUGACAAUACCAAGAAACAUCCUUUCAGUGAUAAACAGUCACUUUUAUCUCAUUAGCAUUUGAUUAAAUUUUAUUCCGAUUAUUUUAACAUCUUUACUAACGUAUUGCUAUUAUCACCAACUUCAUUUUAUUAUAAUCUGUUGACAUCUUUACAAAUACAGACAAAUUAAAUAGAUUUUCUACCAUUUUGUUCAUUUCAGCAUCAUGCAGUGAGUCAAGUUUUAUAAACUGUCAACUACUCUCAUUUCAACAUGUCCAUUCAUUCAUAUAAGGUUGUACAUAAUUUUGUCACAUAUUACAAACAUGUCAGCAGAUAAGGCAGGUAUUUUAGUUUUAUUAGUUUUAGUUUGCAUGUUUACUAACCAUGUAGGCUUUCUCUUUUAAAAAUAUAUGUGCACAUGUAUAAUUAUUUGUUAGGCUUCCUCAUUUGUUUAAAACAAGCCAUAACAAUAAAUCUUUGUUAAAAAAAUCUUAAUAGUUGUAAUUCUAUU